CUUAUUCUUCUUUUCCCAUUGUUGUUGUUGAUUGUUCGUUUUCUCUCUAUUUUCUUCCCCCAAACCAAACCAUUGAAAAAGUGAACUACUUAGCAUAGUUGAAGAUCACCAUUCAAGGAAAGAAAAAAACACAAAACCCAAAAGAAAAGAAACAUAUGAGAUGAGUUUUGGCUUUUUUCUUAGAAUUAUUAUACUCAAAUUCUUCCAAUUUCUUGCCUGGCCUCCAUUUACAUUGGUGUGUCCUUUGUAUGCUUCGAUCCGGGCAAUAGAGAGUAAUACACAGUCCAACUAUCAGCAAUGUCUCACCUAUUGGGUUUUGUAUUCUGUUGCCAAAAUCUUGGAGUCCAUGCUUGCAAAGCUCCUAGUGUGGUUCCCCUUUUGGCAUUAUGUAAAGGGCAUAACCACCUUCUUGCUGGUGGUACCUUACUUUCAUGGUGCUUCUUAUAUCUAUUUGCUCCUCAUUAAGCCCUACAUUUCGGGGAAUUCACAAAUAUGCGGCCAUUUACUCAUCCCAAGGACAAAGGCUUGCUUGUUAAAUGAGCAAAAUGACAUUCUUGAUGCUGCAGAUAGCUACAUCAGAGAAAUUGAAGAGGAUGAAUGGGAGAAAUCCAUCAUUUACAAGGGUGGAUCCAAAUCUAAUCAUGACAGCAUAGAAAGUGAUCUGAUAUGGCUAUCAAGUCCAGAGAAAGUUCAGGAGCGGAACACUACCAGCAAAAAAUGUAUGCAAAAAAAUUUCAGAGAAGAGAAGCACAAGGGCAUGGAAGAGGAACGUAGAAGAAAUGAAGUAGCACAUGAAACAGUAAGCUUUCCUUUAACAAUGGAGAAAGAAGAUGGGAUGACUUCACUUGGGAAUUUAAACCAAACUAAAUGGGUGAACCUCAACAAAUUGAGCAGUCUCUUCCACCCAGUCACAAGAUCAUUUGGAUUGUGUACAUGGGAAAAGCCAGAGUUUGGGUGGACAAAAUUGAAUACUGAUGGAUCUGUAGGUCGGGAUAAUGCUAGCUUUGGUGGUUUGCUUCGUGAUUACAAUGGUGACCCUAUAUGUGCUUAUGUUUCUAAAAUUCCUAUAAAUGAUAUUUUCUUGGUUGAAUUAUUGGCUAUUUGGAGAGGCCUUGUUCUUGCCUUGGGACAAGGGAUUAAAGUAAUAUGGGUUGAAUCAGACUCACUGAGUGUAGUCAAAACCAUCAACAAAGAGCAGACCUAUGGUCCAAGGGCUAGUAGCUAUUUGAAGCGCAUUUGGUUGCUCUUAAAGAAGUUUGAGAAGUAUGAAGUCUCUCAUUCGUGGCGUGAAACUAAUAGAGCUGCAGAUUAUCUUGCAAAGAUGGAUCUCAUGGGAAGUGAUGUUGUUUUAUGGCCUGUUGGCUUUCCUGAUAGCCUUUGUAGUAUUAUCAAUGAGGAUGCUCAGGGAAGGUGGUAUCGUAGAGUCUCUUUGUUUUCUAGAAAAUGAAAAUAGAAAACAAAAAGCAAAAAGCACCACUUGACCGACCUUAGCUUUCUCAAGCCCGGUCUGAUGGGUGAUGACCCUUCAAACAAGGAUGAUUCAAAGUUAUUGUAGAAACAGAUACAAGAAUGAUAGUGUGUUUUAUGAGAAAUUGAAGUCUAAAAGAGUUAGAUUUGAAUCAUUGAAAUAGCACAGGAGGUGGUGGAUCACAAGGUUUUCAAUUGACAUGGUAGUUUGUAACGCUGUGUUUGGUUGGGAGAUUUGAGCAGAGAUUUGAAAAUGGAGAUGGUGGAUCACAGGGUCUAAUGGGUGAAUUCUUUUUUAAUUUUCUUUUCAAAUGCCUUCUCAAAUCUCUCAACAAAACACAGCGUAAGAGCUUUUAAAUUGAUCAGAUUCUACUGGGCACUUGUUUUUACCGGCCUUUUAUCACAAUUAUGUAAAGAAAAAUGAUGUGUACUCCGAGAUUUUAUGUAGGAUGACGUUGCCGGUUAUGAUUGGCCUAUGAGAGGACCAAUGAUAGUUAACCAAAUGAAUGGACUACUUUUUGGUCUCGCAGCA